UAAAGAUUGACACUGCCUAUACUCUUCACUUAACCCAAGAAGCCACUGGAAAUCGCCCAAAGACCCACUGGGGGAGAUGGACACUGUUUCCCAGAAGUAAAUACAGCUCAGCUUGUACUUUGGAACAAUUGGUCAACCUUGCCACUUGCACAAUCUGUCGGCAAAGGUUAUGCGGUGCCUGAACAUGAUCAUGGCAGAACCACCGGGCCUCAUCACCAUCUGCCUUUUAGGAUAUCUACUCGGUGCUGACUGUACAGUUUUUCUUGAUCAUGAAGAUGCCACAAAAGUUCUGAGCCGGCCCAAGAGGUAUAAUUCAGGCAAACUGGAAGAGUUUGUUCAAGGGAACCUUGAGAGAGAAUGUAUGGAAGAAAAGUGUAGCUUUGAAGAAGCACGAGAAGUUUUUGAAAACACUGAAAAAACCACUGAAUUUUGGAAGCAGUAUGUUGAUGGAGAUCAAUGUGAGUCCAAUCCCUGUUUGAAUGGCGGCAUAUGCAAGGAUGACAUUAAUUCCUAUGAAUGCUGGUGUCAGACUGGAUUUGAAGGGAAGAACUGUGAGUUAGAUGUAACGUGCAAUAUUAAGAAUGGCAGGUGCAAGCAGUUUUGUAAAUUGGAUGCUGAUAACAAGGUGGUUUGUUCCUGUACUACCGGAUAUCAACUUGCGGAGGACCAAAAGUCCUGUGAACCAGCAGUGCCAUUUCCAUGCGGAAGAGUUUCUGUCCCACACAUUUCUACGACGCACACCCGCGCUGAAACUCUUUUUCUCAAUACGGACUAUGAAAAUUCCACUACGGACUAUGAAAACUCCGCUGAAGCUGAAAAAAAUGUGGAUAACGUCACCCAACCAUUGAACGACUUGACUCGAAUUGUUGGUGGAAAAACCGCCAAACCAGGUCAAUUCCCUUGGCAGGUCCUUUUGAAAGGGAAAAUUGAUGCGUUCUGUGGAGGCUCCAUCAUCAAUGAAAAAUGGGUGGUAACUGCAGCCCACUGUAUUAAUCCGGAUGUUGAAAUUACUGUUGUUGCAGGUGAACAUAACACCGAGGAGACGGAACAUACAGAGCAAAAGCGAAACGUGAUUCGCACUAUUCUUCACCACAGCUACAAUGCAUCUGUUAAUAAGUACAGCCAUGACAUUGCCCUUCUGGAACUGGACGAGCCCUUAACGCUAAACAGCUACGUAACACCUAUUUGCGUUGCUGACAGGGAAUACACGAACACCUUCCUCAAAUUUGGAUAUGGCUACGUGAGUGGCUGGGGGAAAGUCUUCAACAGAGGGCGACCGGCUACAAUUCUUCAGUACCUUAAAGUCCCCCUUGUUGACCGAGCCACAUGCCUUAGGUCCACCAAGUUCACCAUCUAUAAUAACAUGUUCUGUGCUGGCUUCCAUGAGGGAGGGAAAGAUUCGUGCCAGGGAGAUAGCGGGGGACCCCAUGUUACCGAAGUGGAAGGCAUUAAUUUCUUAACUGGAAUUAUUAGCUGGGGUGAAGAGUGUGCAAUGAAAGGAAAAUAUGGAAUAUAUACCAAGGUGUCCCGGUAUGUCAACUGGAUUAAAGAAAAGACAAAACUCACUUAAAGUAAAAUGUAUUUCCAAGGUUGACAUAUUGGGGGUUGAAAAUGGUCAGGGUCCUUUACUAACGAAUCACUUUCCUAUCUCUUUAGAUUUGACUAUAUACAUUCUAUGACUACUGCUCUCUCUCUUUAUGGGGAGAAAUCUAUCUAGAAUUCCUAUUUUACUGGAGUAAGUCAAUUAGAAAAUGUAAUCACUAUGGGGACCUGGGCGGCUCAGUCGGUUAAGCCUCUGACUCCAGCUCAGGUCAUGA